AUGUUGUACACCCUCUCCACUAUCCUCCUGCUCACUGCCUCCGUUUUCUCAGCUCCCGUCGCUGAGAAACGUCAAGCUGCAACAGUCCUCAGAACCAUCACGCCCAACUAUCUUGUACCCCUCUCACAAUCCGAGCCUACCCGCGUAUUCGGUUCUCAAUAUACUGGUGAAGUUUCCUGGACUCCUAAUGCAGCGACCGAAAUCACCACAAUUGUUGGUUUCGACAUCCCCACCGUCGCUGGUGCCAAUUCCUGCUAUCUUCGUUUUGCCCUUCCAACAACGGCAUCUGGCUUUGCAUGGAGCGUUGAAGGCGCAGGUAUCAUGAAUUAUUAUAGCCUGGAUCGGGUUGUCAACCCUGCCACAGAUUCGUGGAACACCAGGCCUGGAAGAGUUGCACAGCUAGGGACUGUUACUGUUCCUAAAGCAGGUGGCGAGGCGACGUUCGCGGGAGUAGCGUUAGAUUGCCAGGCACUAUUUAAUGCGCAGAGAGUCGAUUGGGAGUUUACGGCUGCGCAUGUCGGAGAUGUAAAGAAUCGGGUGGAGACAUUCCAGACUGCGAGUGGCCAAGGAUGGUAUUUGGAGUUUGCAAGGGUUUAA